AUGACCUUAAGAAUAAGUGGGGAUAGCGGUAAAGGCUCUCCUUCAUUUCCUCGUGAUUCUCACUUUUUCGUACCUUCCACUAGUGAGAUUGCGAAUUGGACAGUCGGAGUUUCUAUCGCUGCUGCGCUUACCCCAGACUCGUCCAUCAUAUUCGUAGUCAGUAGUGUCAAGGCACCUGACAUUUUAGCUCACAACAAUUCCAUAAAGAAGUCGCUAAAUGCUUUCAGGAUUGCAAUGGGCCCCUUCCGUGAAUUCGUUCAUACUGGAUCGUUAAAUCUGCAUCAUGAUGACGAUGCCAAGCGCAUCAUUGUGGAGGUCUGGGACUGGGACCGUACUUCAAAGAACGACUUCAUGGGCAGCCUGUCAUUCGGAGUCACCGAAAUCAUGAAGCAACCUGUCGACUGUUGGUUCAAAUUGCUCAGUCAGGAAGAGGGCGAAUUCUAUUCAAUACCCUGCCCUGAUGACAAUAUAACACCUUCCCUGGAAGACCUCAAGUCCAAAUAUGAGCUCGGCAUAUGUGCUGUAUACAUCUUUUGA